AUGGAAGGCUCAACAUCUUAUACUUCUGACAACGAUGCGAAUACUUCAAAGGAGUCAGAAACCAUGAUCGAAAUGCGCAAUGUAACAACACCAGCGCCGGGUAGCAACAGUUCGUCAUUUGUAAAUGAAGCUACAAGUCCUUUAGGACAUCUUGAUCCGUAUAGACUGAGGGACAUGGUGGUCGAUAAGCAAGCAGCAUGUCAAACGCAGGUCGAAUCUCCUUAUAAGCAAUCUCUAUGUUACUGGGCGCCUUCACCUGCUGAUCCUUCUCAGUCACCUUCGUCGAAUAUUCGUUCAGUACCAGCCAAUUCAAGUUCUUCAGUAACACCAGUUAUGCAGCCACCCAGAUUACCGGGUACAAUGCGAGAUUCAUCUUUGUUAUCUCCAAGUGCUACACGUACUCCUGUGCAACAACCGAUGGGAAUGUGUUUACCCGUACGUAGCCCAAUGGGAAGUCCAAGCAGUAUGCAUCCGCCACCCUCGCCGUUCAUAAGUCGUCCUUCCUCAAAUGCUUCUCCUUCUCCGUACAUACAACCACCACAAACUCCCGUUCAUUAUCAAGCAAAUUUGCAAAGUCCAGCAGGUGUAAUACCAUCGAGUCACAUACCACCUUCGCCUCCCUGUGCUUCAUAUCUUUCACGAAUGCCAACAGUAGGUCCACUACAACAGCAAUAUUCAUGUCAUACACAAAUGCAACAACCUCAGUGGACAAGUCAACAAGCUCAGCAGCAUUUUGGUUCUGGACCGGUGCAUCGUGUUAUGGUACAACGAGUUCCAUACUCAGGAUAUCCACCAGGUAUGUCGCAGCUGCAGCCACAAAGCAGUCAGCAUCCUUCAUCUUCCAAUGUUUUUCCAGCUGGUGCUUCGGGAGCGCCAGUUACUCCAGCAUCCCGAGGAACUAUGUAUCCGCCGCCGCCAGUAGUCGCUUCUCAACAAUCUUCUGGACCACAAUCUGCUCCGUAUCCGCCACAAUCUUGCUAUCAGUCUAAAGGACAGCAGCAACCAAAAUAUCCUGUCCAACCUCCAGUUUAUCAUCAGCAGCAACCACAAUCGCUGUCGGUGAGAACCUACAUUGGCAACCAACCGUCGUCGUUGUCUGCCUCGCCUACUUAUCAGUGUUAG